AUGAUACAAUAGAAAAAGUAAUUUAAUAAUCUAAAAGAAUUUUUAAAUUCUUCACUUUAAUCUCAUGAGGUUCUCCAUGUUAAUUUGAACUACAAUUAAAUUGGUGAUGAAGGUAGUUAAGGCUUAGGUUUCGCUUUAGCUAAAUGUUCUAAUCUCUCAAAUUUGACACUCAAUCUUGGUGCCAAUAAAAUUGGUGCAAUUGGUAUAUAAGGCUUAGGCCAUGCUUUAGCAAAUUGCACUAAUCUCUCAAAUCUGACUCUUGAUCUUGGAGUCAAUUAAAUUGGUGAUAAAGAUGUAUCAGGUUUAGGUUCUGCUUUAGCAAAUUGCACAAAUCUCUCUAAUUUGGCACUUAGUCUUUAUGUCAAUUAGAUUGGUGACGAAGGUGCUUCAGGCUUAGGUUAAGCUUUAACAAAUUGUAUUAAUCUCUCAAAUUUAACACUUAAUCUUAGUAGAAACUAAAUUGGUGAUGAAGGUGCUUCAGUAUUAGGUUCCGCUUUAGCAAAUUGCAUUAAUCUCUAAAAUUUGAUACUGCUUCUUAAUGACAAUAAAAUUGGUGCAGUUGGUGCGUCAGGCUAAGGUUCUGGUUUAGGAAAGUGCACUAAUCUCUAAAAUUUGACUCUUGAUCUUCAGCAAAAUGAAAUUGGCGAUGAAGGUGCGUCAGGAUUAGGUUCUGGUUUAGCAAAGUGCACUAAUCUUUAAAAUUUAACACUUUAUCUUGGUGCCAAUUAAAUUGGUUAUGAAGGUACAUUAGGCUUAGGGUCUUCUUUAGCAAAUUGCGCUAAUCUCUCAAAUUUGAUACUUAAUCUUGGUGAUAAUAAAAUUGGCGACAAAGGUGCAUCUUGCUUAGGCUCUGCUUUAACAAAUUGUACUAGUCUCUCAAGUUUAACACUAAAUCUUAUGGAAAAUAGAAUCGGUGAUAUAGGUGCAUCAGAUUUAGGUUUUGCUUUAAAAAAUUGCACUAAUCUCUAAAAUUUAACACUUAAUUUUUAUGACAAUAAAAUUGGUGAUAUAGGUUCAUCAGGCUUAGGUUCUGGUUUAGCAAAUUGCAUUAAUCUCUCAAAUUUGGUACUUUAUCUCGUUGUCAAUUAAAUUGGUGAUGAAGGUGCAUUAGGCUUAGGUAAAGCUUUAGUAAAUUGCAGCAAUCUCUCGAAUUUGAUACUAAAUCUUGGAUUUAAUAAAAUUGGCGAUGAAGGCACAUCAGGCUUAAGCUCUGCUUUAGUAAAUUGCACUAAUCUCUAAAAUUUGACAAUAUAUCUUACUGGAAACUAAAUCAGUAAAUCAUAAGAAUUGAAAAUAAAAAGUAGGUGCCUUAAAUUAAAAAGAUUAGUUUUUUUUGCCAUUAAUUUCUAAGGAUGA